AUGUUGAAGGUCUUGUUACCGGUCGCUGCGUUCGCGAGCUAUGCUGCGGCAGAGCAAUGCGCUGGUGGUGAAUGGGAUGUCAUUGUCGUUGGUUCUGGUCCAGCGGGUAUCGUUACAGCGGACCGCAUGAGCGAAGCCGGCAAGAAGACUCUACUCCUAGAGCAGGGCGGCCCGUCGUACUACGUGACCGGCGGUCGUGCUCGCCCAGAAUGGCUAAAUGGAACUGAACUCAGCCGUGUUGAUGUUCCCGGGCUGUACAAGUCCAUCUUCUCGAAUUCCGGUGAAGGAAACUUGACAUGCGCGUCUGAUGUCGUCAACGCGUUUCAAGGAUGCACCGUCGGUGGUAACUCCGCAAUCAACGCUGGGUUGUUCUUCCAGCCACCCGCGAGCGAUUGGGAUCGCUACUUCCCCCAGGGCUGGAAGAAUGACGACAUGCAAUGCGCAAUCAACAAGGUCCGAGCGAAACAGCCAAACACAGACAGUCCUUCAAGAGACGGCAAGCGGUACUUGCAGAGCGGUUACGAUGCUGCGAAGCAAUGGCUCGUUGAUGGCGCGGGUUUUGCAGAGGUCGGCCUGAACGAUGGCAUCGAGAACCACAACAAGACCAAGGUGUUCGGCCACCCGAUCUGGUACUACGAGAAUGGGCAAAGGAGCGGUCCGGUCAAGACAUACCUGCAGUCGGCCCUGGCUCGCUCGAAUUUUGCCUUCCAAACUGGCACUAAAGUCUUGCGUGUUCGUCGAGAGGGCGACGUAGCGACUGGCGUCGACGUUCAGACCAACGGUGCCGAGAACUCUUCGAGCAUCUGCAUCAAAGAAGGCGGCAUGGUUAUCUCUUCAGCUGGUGCUCUCCUCAGCCCUCAGCUGUUGAUGUGGUCUGGUAUUGGCGAGGCAGCGACAUUGACAAACCUCUCGAAGAACGGUCAUGUUACAGUUCCUUCUCAAGACUGGAUCAACAACACCGCUGUCGGCAACGGUGUCUUCGAUAACCCAAACACCUUCAUCGAGCUCCAAUCUGAUGAGAUUGCCUCGUAUGCUUACGACUACUCCAACCCACCGCAAUCCGACGUCGAUCUAUACCUCAACGAACGAUCUGGUCCUUACACGUUCGCUUCCCAGACGAGCGCCUUCUGGGACUACAUCCAGCAAGGCGAUGAUGUAGUGGGCUGCCAGGGCACCAUUGACUCUGCCGGAGCAAUGGGCCUCACGCAGAACGGAACCAUCACACUCAACGUCUACGGCACCUCUGGUCUCCGAUCUGUCGGUCGCGUAAACCUUGAUGCCAGAGGCAUCGCGCUUCCCUCAUCAAACUUCUACGCCGACCCCCGCGAUGCGACCGCUAUUGCGACGUUCGUCUACAACAUCUUCCAAGCUCUGCCGGCUACUCUCAACCCGCUCAACGUUGCAAAGAACUCGACUAUCGAGCAGAUUGCGACUUAUCUGACCACGCCAAGCGCGUUCACACUUGGCAACGUACAACAUUGGAGCAGCAGUUGCAGGAUGGAGGCCUGCAUUGACACGGAUACGAAGGUUAUCGGGAUGCAGAACUUGUUCGUCAUUGAUGCAAGUAUCGUGCCGCCUCUGACCACGAACCCUGUUAUGGGUGUCAUGAUCGCGGCGGAGAGGGCUGUUGAGAGGAUAUUAGCGUUGAGCAAGUGA